CCCUCCGCGCCGCGGGGCCGAGCGGGGACUGCGCGCCCGUCCCGCCCCGCUCGCCCGCGGCGCCGGCACCGCAGAGCUCCCGCCGCAGCGCGCCGCGCCGCGCUCCAUGCCGCGCUCCGGGAUGCGAGGAGGUGCGGCCGCCCCGCUGCCGGGGGAGAGGGAAGUCGGUGACUCCGUUUUCCGACCGUCCUAGACGGUGACUGCGAUGCUGAAGGCACUGGGCGAGUGGCUCCUCCUCAGCUCCUCUGUGUGAGGACCAAAGAAUACAAGAGACUGAAUUAUCUGAAUUAUGCUUCUACAACAGAACUGGGUUUCUCCUCAUUGGGCAUGGCAGAGCCUGGGGAAGCCCUUCCUUUUGUUUGUUUUCUUCAUGUUGCAAACAGCUGAUCUGGAAGCCAGGAGAGGUCACCAGUUUGUCUGGAAAACAGGUCACUGGGGCCGCUGCAUCGGGGACUGCGGCUCGGGCGGCGUUCGCAGCCGGGCCGUGUGGUGCACCCACGCCGAGGGCUGGACCACCUUCCACGCCAACUGCGACCAGCAGGACAGACCCGAGAGCCAGCGGAGGUGCUUUAAAGUCUGCGACUGGCACCUGGAGCUCUUCGAGUGGGAGGUUUCGGCAUGGGACAGGUGCGGGCUCGUCUCGGCCGCGGGUGCUGAGGCGGGGGCCGAGGUUUGCGUCACCGCGCAGCACGGCCUGCAGCGCCGCAGCGUCCGCUGCCUGCAGAAGCUGAACAGGACGGCGGUGUCCAGCGAGAUCUGUGAGUAUUUCAGCCCGCAGCCGCCCUCGGAGCAGGCCUGCCUGGUGCCCUGCCCGCGGGACUGCGUCGUGUCGCAGUUCUCCGGCUGGUCCCCGUGCGGCGCGGGCUGCGCCCGCACGCUGCAGCACCGCACGCGGGCCGUCAUCGCGCCUCCGCUCUACGGCGGCGCCCCGUGCCCCAACCUGACGGAGUCCAGAGCCUGUGGAGCUCCUGCCUGUCCCCUCGGGGAGGAGGAGCACACCUACAGCCUCCGCCUGGGCCCCUGGGGCGAAUGCCGGCUGCCGCAUCCUAAAGACGUGGAGCUGGCGGGGAGGACUAUGCUGGAUUUGGGGUCGGACUCUGGAGAGAGAAGCACGUCCGGACUUCCCGGCGCUCAUCCGCAGCAGCACGCCGGGGAGGCGGAGAUCGGGUACCAAACCAGGCAGGUCAGGUGUGUGCGGAGCGAUGGCAAACCCGCGGCGCUGAGCCUCUGCCUGCAAGACCCCGUCCCCGUGACCUCCAGGUCCUGUGUGAUCCCCAAGGCCUGCGCCACGUCCGAGUGGUCCCCGUGGAGCCGGUGCUGGCGCAGCUGCGGCUGGGGCAGCCCGGCGCCGGGGCUGCGGAGCCGGCGCCGCAGCGUGCGCAGCCUGCCCAUGGGCGAUGGGGAGCCGUGCCCCGAGCUGGAGGAGAGGGAAGCCUGCACUGGAGGAGGGAAGGCACCGCUGCAGCCCUGCCCCAGGUUUGCCUGGAGGACUUCUGAAUGGACAGCCUGUCAAGUGUCUGUGCCCCUCGAGCAGCAGGACCGUCACCAGCAGAAGCAGGCAGGGCUGUGUGGAGGUGGGAUCCAAACGCGGGUGGUCUUCUGUGCCCAGAUCAUCGUGGAGCCGGGGGCGCACCGGCCGAAGGAGGUUUCCAGACCAGUGGAUGGGAAGCUUUGCCAGGGUGCUGCCCCUGCCACCUCCCAGGUGUGUCACCUGCCGUGCCCGGCCGAGUGCGCCGUGUCCUCGUGGGCCCCGUGGGGUCCCUGCCUGCCCGAGAGCUGCCAGCACCGCCACGGAGGGAGAGGCUUCAGGACGAGGCGGAGGCAGGUGCUGGUGGAUCCUGUGGGCACGCUGGCGGGCUGUCCCCACCUGCUGGAGUGGCUGCCGUGUGACGACGCGCGGUGCCACGAGUGGCUGCUCUCGGAGGGGCCCUGCGCGCCCCACCGGGGCGGGUGCGGGCCCGGGCACCGCGUCCUGAGGGCUGUCUGCAGGAGCAGGACAGGGGAGGAAGUCCCACAUCACCUGUGCUCAGAGCUUCCCCGCGCCGAGCUGGUGCCGUGUGAGGUCCCGUGUGCCAGGGACUGCGUGGUCAGCGAGUGGUCCCCGUGGUCCCCCUGCUCCCACUCCUGCUCCAGCAAAAACGCCGAGGGCACUCAGAGCAGGAGCAGGUCCAUCCUGGCCCUUCCAGCCGAGGGUGGAAGGUCCUGUCCCCCUGAGCGAGCCCUGCAGGAGCAGCGUGCCUGCAAUGAGCACCCGUGUGUGCAUUUCUUCUGGGAGGCGUCUCCCUGGAGCUCCUGCUCCCAGGACGCGCUGGGCGCCGCGCUCAACGCCACCGUCCCCAGCGGGGACGCCGCCUGCGGGGUGGGCAUCCAGACCAGGAAAGUCUUCUGCAGGAAGAGCAGCUCUGGCCAGGUCACUCCCAAAAGGUGUCCGGAGUCCCUGCGGCCUGAGGCGGUGCGGCCGUGUCUCCUCCCCUGCAGGAGGGACUGUGUUGUCACACUGUUCAGUGAGUGGACACCCUGUCCCACAGCCUGUCAGCCUGGCAAUGCCACUGCAGUCAAGCAGUCCCGGUACAGGAUUAUCCUUCAGGAUUCUGCCAGUGGGGGGCAGGCAUGUCCGGACACCUUGUACGAGGAAAGAGAAUGUGAAGAUGUUCCCAUCUGUCCAGUGUACAGGUGGAGGAGCCAGCGCUGGAGCCCCUGUGUGCUGGUGCCGGAGGCGGCGCGGCGGGGCCUGCCGGGGCACGGCGAGGCGUGCGGGCACGGCCUGCAGUCCCGGGCUGUGACGUGCGUGUCGGAGCAGGGGGUCUCUGCCGCCGUCGGGGACUGCGUGCGGUGGGCGGGAGCGAUGCCCGCGCUCGUCCAGGAGUGCCUCGUUCCCUGCAAGGACGACUGCACUUUCACCCCCUGGUCUAAAUUCACAGCCUGCUCCUUGGACUGCGGCACAACCAGGAGCAGGAGGCGGUCACUCACAGGGCGAAGCAGAAAGCGAGACAAAUGCCAGAACACAGAAGUUUAUCCUCAAGUUGAAACAGAGCCGUGCCCCUGUGAGGCGUUCACCUCGCAGCCCCACGGGAACUGGUCUGACUGCGUUAUCAGAGGGGCUCCAGCCCAGCCACAGCCGGGAGUGCCGGCGCAGGGAGCGGCCAGGGAGUGUGGCCAGGGCGUGCGGCUGCGAGCCAUCGCCUGCUACGACCAGGCCGGCAGGCUGGUGGAGCCGUCCCACUGCAGCGCUUCAGGUUACAUUGAGGAGCCUUGCACGGUCCCUUGCCCGUUUGAUUGCAAAUUAAGCGAUUGGUCCAGUUGGUCUCCUUGCAGCUCCUCCUGUGGCCCGGGGGUGCGAGUGCGAUCCAAGUGGCUCAAGGAGAAGCCCUACAACGGAGGUCGUCCCUGCCCCAAGCUGGAUCUCAGGAAUCAGGUGCACGAGGCAGUCCCAUGCUACAGCGAGUGCAAUCAGUAUUCCUGGGAAGCAGGACCAUGGUCUCCAUGUGAAAUCAGCAGCGAACAAAAUUCCCUCCACUGUGGAGAAGGAACACAAACGAGGAAGGUCAGGUGUGUGAGCACUGCUGAGGACCACGGCGUGGAGACUGUUCCCAACACUCUGUGUAACCAGGCUGAAGUCCCAGAGGCAGAGCAGAAGUGUAGCUUGUACUGUCCCAGUGAGUGUGCAAUGUCUGACUGGGGACAGUGGAGCCCGUGUCCACAGGUGUGUGACCCCAAUGUUAUGCAAACCCGAACCCGACACGUGCUGAGGUAUUCUGUCAGUUCCAAGCCCUGCCCUGAGGAUUCACAAACGAAGCCAUGUAUUCUUAAUCAGAAUUGCUUCCAGUACCAGUACAACCUAACAGGCUGGAGCGGGUGCCAGCUGGGUGCCAAUGCCAGCUGCGGGCACGGGGAGCGGCGCCGCCUCCUGAGCUGCCAGCGCAGCGACGGGGCCACGGUCAGCAUGCAGCUCUGCCAGCAGCUGCAGCUGGAGAAGCCCGUGCCCACGAGCAGCCGGUGUGUGGUGGGGUGCGCCGUGGACUGCCAGCUCUCGCCGUGGUCAGCCUGGUCGCAGUGCUCACACACGUGUGGCGCCGGCGGCCAGAUGGUGCGUGGGCGCUCCGUGGUGCUGCGGGCGGCGGGCGAGGGCCGGCCCUGCCCGGAGCAGCUCACGCAGCACAGGAGCUGCCCGGUGAAGCCCUGCUACAGCUGGCUGCUGGGGCCCUGGUCCCCCUGCACCCUGCAGGGUGGACAGUGUGGAGACGGAUUGCAAGUCCGCAACCUCACGUGUGUGGUGCACGAUGCAUCAGCUUCUGCUGCAUCCAAACCGGUAGAAAAUGCAUUAUGUGGUGAGCUACCAUCGAAAGGAAGUGUGCUGCAGUUACCCUGCUCUGUGCCUUGCCCAGGCGACUGCCACCUGACAGAGUGGUCGGAGUGGAGCUCCUGUGAGCUCACCUGCAUCAGUGGCAGGAGCUUUGAGACCAGCGGGCGCCAGUCUCGCUCCCGGGCCUUCCUCGUGCAGUCCGCAGAGAGCCGGGGGAGCUGCUCUGGCCAGGAGGUGGAGACCCGGCCCUGCUCAGGAGGGAAGUGUUACGAGUACCUGUGGCAAACGGGCCCGUGGCGAGACAACGUGCGCGCGGUGUGGUGUCAGCGCUCGGAUGGAAUCAAUGUCACAGGAGGGUGUCCUCUUCGGACGAAGCCUGCCGACGUCCAGCACUGCAGCCCAGCGUGCAGAAAACCCUUCUCCUACUGCACACAGAGAGGAGUCUGCGGCUGCGAGCGGGGAUAUACAGAAAUAAUGAGAUCAAAUGGGCUCCUGGAUUACUGCGUGAAGGUACCAGGUUUAGAAGAUAAGAAAGCUGAUGUUAAGACCAUUGCCGGAAAAAAUAAACCUGUCAACUCCAAAAUGCAUGACAUUUUCAAAGGAUGGUCUAUUCAACCUUUUAAUCCAGAUGGUAAACUGAAGAUAUGGGUGUAUGGAGUAUCAGCUGGAGGGUUCUUCAUCAUCGUUUUCCUGAUUUUUACAUCUUACCUGAUGUGCAAAAAAACGAAGCAGCAUCAAAGCCCUCCACCACAGCAGAAGCCUCUGACCCUGGCCUAUGAUGGAGACAUUGAUAUGUAACAUAAACCAGAAAUCCAAAUGUAGACAUCGACUGCCUUAACUGCUUUCUUUUUUGGAACUCUGCGACUUCUCAGUUUUUUGAGGAAUCUCCUGAUGUAAAAUAUCCUGGGCAGAACAGAAGUAUUGCAAGCUGAAAAUUUUGCCACCUCUUUAUUAAAAAAAAUCAAUGGGGUAAAAAACUUGGAUCUUGUGCAACUUUUCUGAAGACAUCAGAAACUACAUCCCUUCCUGUUGAACAAUGGGAAUAACAAAAAAAGAAAGAGAGAAUCUACAGACAUCAAAAGGAAUUGGUUAAAAAAAAAGGCAUGACAAUCCCAAGGAAAUGGUGACAUUUACUGUAAAUGACAAGUUUGACACAGCAUCAUUAUGCACUAUAUUAGUGCAGGGUUCUUUAUUCUUCACAUACUUCAACAAUGAGUUUUCUAGUGUUUACAUUUCGUUCAAAGACUUUAAAACCAGAUCAUGUAUUUUGAGAAAUGCAAGGAAGAAUGAGUUGAAGUGUCUGAAGUUAUCAGGUUUUCUAAAGUUUCUUCUUUCUUAUCCUGUUUUCUAGUCUGGAAUAUGAUUUUGCUUCAUUUCCACCUACAGGACAGAAUAAGGAUUGUUAUGAAAAGGCAUAGGUGGUUUCUUAACCAAGAAUAUUUUCUAAAGAGCUGAGUAGAUAGGUGUUUUGAUGAAUGGCUAGAGGAUUUGAUUGUUUUAAAAGGAUUUUAAAUUAAAUUAAACCAUGUAGAUACAUUAUGGCCAGUUUAAAUCGUUAUUCAGUUUAAUUAAAACAAACUCUGCUUUUGUAUUUAAAUUUUCUUAUCUGAAAUAUUUAUAAAUUCCUUUUUUUGAAUUUAAUUACCUGACCUCAUUUAAUAUACAUCAAACACAAAUGCAGUUUGUAGAAGGUCUUGCUUUUUUAAAUGUUUCAGAACCACUGAGAAGUUACAUGUCGUAAAAUUCCGGGAACAUUUGAAGAGGGUAAGUGUUUAUAAUAGUGUGUGUUGCAAGUAAGAAAGUGCCAUCUUGUGGUAUUGACUUGUAUUUAUAAGCAAAUAAAAUGCUAAAGAGAGUGAGAAACUUGCUUCUGGUAUGU